AUGGCACCAUGUCCAUUGAAUCAUGAAAUAGGAGCAGGCAACCAAUUCUUCGAUGCCCUUGAGGCUGAUAGGAAUGGCGAGCCGAAGUCGUUCGUGAAUUACCAAAAUCAGACCUUCUCGUCCUUUGCUCUAUCAGGCUCCCGCCAAGAUGCUGCGGCUGAAUCGUCGCUCAAUCAACUUGACGGUCACCUCCCCUACGGCGAAAAGCUGGAUAUAAGCAAUGAGGAGUCUCUCAAUAGGUUGAACUUGACUCUUAUGAACAUGGUUUGGAGUCCCUUCCAAAAGUAUCCGUCAGGCAAAGGAUUGUCAAAAGAGUACGUGAGGAGUUUGAAAAAACGCAUUCUCUUCAAGCCGCAUAAUGUAUUCGAUCCUGCCGAGGUUGUCGCUAAAAUGCGCCACCUGAGAGAGUGUUGUCGGAGAACUCGGGAUAGGUUCCCUACUGUAAAUGCAUACUGGAGGCAAGCUUCGGUGAUCUUGGAGGAGAUAGAUUUCGAGUCUCUCGACCACGAACUGUAUAAUUUCUUGUACACGACCAUGCCGAAGGAUCGACUGUUAACAGCCGUUGUUAUGUAUUUUGAGGACCUUAAUUCCGGGUCCUGGGCCACUGGCCUUGACCUUGGAAGAUCUUAUCGUAACCAGAAGUCGAAGAACCUCUCCCUAAUCCACUAUCUCGGCGAUGGUUAUUCAUGGUUCUCUACUGACUGGGCCGUGAAUGAGCUUCUCCAUGCGACUCGAAGCUGUCCGACUCCGCAAGCUUUCAACCCGGUCUCGAACUGGGGAUAUUGCGUAAUGCUGUGCAAAUUGAGACGAAGUGUCGGUCUCUCUGCGGGUCUUCAAGCUGGACUGUACAAGCUUUUCUUCGAGAAAGGGUCGGAUUUCCUCUCAGAGGCUCUCGGGGAUACACUGGAGUUAAUUGGAGGUCUAGCUGUGAUGUAUGGUAGAGCGAAGCUCUUCUCUCUGCUCGUGCAGAACUGCUUAUAUCUGGCCACGGUAGGUGGAGUAGCUCUCGACGAUCCUAGACAGGAGCUCCGGGAUCCCUGCGACCUUCCGCGAGUUUUUUGUGAUGAGGAACACGGCCGUGGCUCUACUUCGAGUAUUGAACAGUUCGAUGCUGAUUUGAACGAUUGGGCUGGGGGUUUGGACGCGUGUAAAAUGCCUCAGGGGUGGAAGAGGCAAUGUAAGAUAUCGGCCAGCUCUGGAGCAACGGAGAUAUCGUGGCUAUCAUACUCGCAUCCUGAUCCUUACGUGGCCUAUUGCAUGCGAACCAAUAUGCUCUUCCGUAGUCUGAGCAAAUACUGGUCAUUGCAAAAAGAUGCCCCUCGCGAAAAUCGAAACUAUCGAGGAAAGAGGCAGGCUGGCUUAGCACUCCGCAUCUACCCGGCGCUGAACAAGUUCUUCCGAGGUACCAAAUGUGAGGAGAUAGUGCGAAAGUACUCGCCUAACAACAAUGCUAUUUUAUUGGUAGAGGAGUAUGAGAGCCACGCGGCAAAAGAAUUGCAGCAGAAGCGGUCGAAAGAGGACGAGCGUGAGGAAUCGAAGUAG